AUGAAGGAUUGCCGAAUAUUACCAAUGGGAAUAUCAGAUAAACACGAUGAAGAUGAAGAAGGAGAAAACAAAGAGCUGGAGAUCAAAGAUCUUAGUAAAACUCGCGAACGAUGGGACAGGAAAGUUGAGUUCCUUUUUGCAUGCGUUGGGUUUGCAGUGGGCUAUGGAAAUGUCUGGAGAUUUCCUUAUCUGUGCUUUAAAAAUGGUGGAGGUGCCUUUCUCAUUCCUUACAUUCUCUUCCUAUUCUUGGGAGGCGUGCCUCUUUUCUUCUUGGAGCUCAGCGUUGGUCAGCUUUGCCAGGAAGGACCGAUCAAAGCCUGGCAAAAAAUCUGUCCACUGCUAUCCGGUAUUGGCUUUGCGAUGAUAACGAUAUCGUUCUUGGUGUCCAUCUACUACAAUAUUAUCCUGGCGUGGAGUAUAUACUACCUGUACAGCUCUUUCCUGACUGACAUCCCUUGGGUAGGAUGUCAUCACCCAUGGAACACGCCGGAAUGCUACCAGUGGAACGCUACUGGAACGAAUAUGACUGGGGUAUCACCAAGUAGGCAGUUCUUGAUCCAUAAUGUACUUGAAAUCACAAGUAGCAUCGAUCAACCGGGCUCCCUGAACGUCAAGCUAACAGUGUGUCUUCUAAUAGCCUGGGUUCUAGUCUAUUUCUGCAUUUGGCGAGGCAUCAGAACGACAGGGAAGGUGGUUUACGUCACGGCUACUCUACCAUACGUCAUCCUAGUGAUCUUAUUGGUGAAGGGGCUGACGCUUCCUGGAGCAGCCAAUGGGGUUCUUUAUUACGUCACUCCUCAGUGGCACAGGCUGAAGGAUCCAGCGGUUUGGAUAGAUGCCGCGUCACAAAUACUCUACUCUUUGACCAUUGGUUUCGGUGUUAUCAUAGCUUUCGCAAGCUACAACAAGCCAAAUAAUAACAUCUAUAAGGAUGCUUUAACGAUUUCCAUCGUCAACUGUUUGACCAGUGCCUUGGCUGGGUUCGUAAUCUUCACCAUUGUUGGAUACAUGGCACAUGUGCAGAACAAGACAGUCUCAGAAGUAGCGUCUCAAGGGCCAGGUCUAGUGUUCAUUGUCUACCCAGCAGCCCUUGCGCAGUUACCAGUCCCACACGUCUGGGGUGUUAUAUUCUUUCUGAUGUUGAUAGCUCUUGGACUUGACAGUCAGUUUGGCCAAGUAGAGGUUGUAAGCGCAGCUAUCAUUGAAUACUACCAUGUGUAUUUGUACCGUUACCGUGAACUUGUGGUUCUCGUGCUCUGUGUUGUGACAUUCCUACUGGGACUGUCUUGUGUAACUCAGGGUGGGAUGUACGUAUUCAACCUGUUUGACUCGUUUUCUUGUAGUUUAUCCCUUUUAUUUCUGGUCUUCCUUGAACUGAUUGUUAUUGGCUGGAUCUACGGUGCCCAAAGGUUUGCAAAUGAUAUCGAAGACAUGACUGGUCACCCUGUGUCUUUCUGGUGGGUCGUUUGCUGGAAGUUCAUUUCACCUUUAAUGGUUUUUACCAUUUUCAUCAUCAACUUGGUUCAAUACAAGAUGAUAACAUACGAGGGUGAGUCCUACCCCACUUGGGCAGAGGCCUUGGGGUGGUUAAUAACCUUGGCUUCUAUAAUAUGGGUUCCCUGUGUUGCAGUGUACAAGAUCCUGACAAGCAACAGAUCCCUUUUGCAGGUCAGUGAAAUUUAUGAAGAACAUUUUUUUAAAAAGUAAAAGAAGAUUUUAAAGAUUUUUAUUGC